AUGAUUGCCAACGAAACAACCAAUAUUAAUUUUCAGUCAGACAUAGAUUAUACUAAGAGUUUAAAUAAAGAGCAACAAAAUACCUAUGAUAUUAUUUUGGAUUGUGUUUUAAAUGAUAAGAAUGGAAUGUUUUUUAUCGAUGGCCUAGGAGAUACUGGGAAAGCAUAUUUGUACAAUGCAUUACUUUUUGGUGUACGAUCACGAAAUCUUAUCGCACUAGCAACGACAUCAUCAGGUGUAGCUGCAUCUUUAUUAUCGGUUGGUAGAACAAGACAUUCAAGAUUCAAAAUUCCGCUUCAAGCUUUAGAUAAAAUGUCAAGAGACAUUACUGAAUGUCAGUUACCAUUUGGUGGAAAAGUAAUUGUGUGUGGAGUAGAUAUCCAUCAAGUUUUACCAGCAGUACAGAAAGGAACAAAAGACGAUAUAAUGAAACUAGCAUUAGUUGAAAAUAUGAGAGCUAAAUUAGAUCCUUCAUUUUGUGAAUAUUUGCUGAACAUUGGGAAUAGAAUUGAGAGAAUACAUUUAUUCCAAAUGAUUUUGCUUCCUGAAGAUAUUACCAUCAAUUUUGAAGAUGAAUUUAAAUCACUGAAGGAAUUAAUUGACAUUGUGUUUUUGAAUUUCCAGUUCAUAGUAAAUAACGAACUAGAAUAUUCAGGUGAUCAAAAUCUUCAGGCAGAUUCCACAAUUAAAAUUCAAUUCUAUGGCUGUGUAGCUGUCAGAUGUCACAUAGUUAAUGUGAAUACAAUUGGUAAAGCAACUGUUAUUUAG